AUGUCAGAGUUAGAAAGUAAAACUGAAAUAGCGCCUGAAGACAUAACAACUGUUCAAAAUUUAGCAAAAGGUUUCAUGGAAUUAUAUGAACCUCCCUUUGUCACUAUAAAUACCCAUUUAAAGGAUUUAACUGAAAUGCAAGAGUCUGUUCAUAGCAUGCUAACUGCAGAGAGGCGCAAACUGGAAGAUCUGCAAAAUGAUGCUAUGUUAGAUGCGUUAUUGGCGGACAUUGCUACAAUCAAAGAGAAGCUGGUCACCAUUUCAAACACCAUGGUCGGACUUCACAAAAAGAUGCAAUCCUUACAGACAAGGGCUGCUAAUGUCGAAAAAGUGGCGUUGAAUAGGGCAGAUAGUAAACAA